UUUUUUCCGUCAACAUGGAUGCACGGCCAGUGAUGCCAACACCAAAUAUAACAGCCGAGCCGCCCAGAUGUACCGGGAGAAGAUCCGGCAGCUGGGGAGCGCAGCCCUGGCUAGGCAUGGCACCGAUCUUUGGAUAGACAAUAUGAGUAGUGCUCCUAGUCACUCCCCGGAGAAGAAGGACUCUGAUUUCUUCACAGAACAUACUCAACCCCCUGCCUGGGAUGUGUCAGCCACUGAGCCUUCAGGGAUGCAGCAGGCAGCCCCGUCUGCAGAGAGCAGUGGUCUGGCACCCACAGAGCCGGAGCAUGGCCCGAACACAGACCUGCUUGGCACCUCACCCAAAGCCACUCUGGCUCAUGCCAACCAUCUUUCUCACGCAGAACCGAAAAGCUCCAUCAUUGGCAAGAAGAAGCCAGCAGCAGCUAAGAAAGGGCUGGGUGCCAAGAAGGGCCUAGGGGCUCAGAAGGUAAGCAGCCAGAGCUUCAGUGAGAUUGAGCGGCAGGCACAGGUGGCAGAGAAGCUCCGUGAGCAGCAGGCAGCUGAUGCCAAGAAGCAGGCUGAAGAGUCCAUGGUUGCCUCCAUGCGCCUGGCCUACCAGGAGCUCCAGAUUGAUCGUAAGAAAGAGGAGAAGAAGCUACAGAACCUGGAAGGGAAGAAGCGAGAGCAGGCAGAAAGGUUGGGCAUGGGCUUGGUAUCACGAAGGUGAGGCUCAGCUCUGGAUGUGGUGGGGAAAUGGCAUUGUUUCUGAGAACCAUGGGGUCUGCCCAGUAGUUUGGGAUUUUAGGCGUAGUCUUUCUCCAAGGCUGAAUAGAUCACUUUGCUUAUUGUCUUAAAGCACUAGUAUAAUGCUUGGCCCAUAGUAGGUAUGUGUGUAUUAAGUAUUUGUUGAGUUAAUAAAACAUAGGAUCAGGUGCUGUUUCAGUAUAUCGGAUAUAAAGGUGGUGUUUUUUUCUUUGAGACAGAGUCUCACUUUGUUGCCCUGGCUAGAGUGCCAUGGCGUCAGCCUAGCUCAC